CGGAAGUCAUCGUGGAAAACAAAAUCAGCUGCCUCAGUUUAUCUUAGCUCGAUGGCUAACGUCGUCAGUUGUUAGGGUUUGGUUGUCGUCACUGGGUGAACUCAGGAGACAUUUUAUCCGACUCGCUCUGACGGACAGUAAAAAUGAAGCCUCUGUUUUCUGUCGGGGCURUCUGUUUUUUGUGUUUCGUGCUGCUCUGCCGGGUUUCAGCGAAGAAUUCAGAAGACUUCCGCUGUAAAUGUAUCUGUCCGCCAUACAGAGACGUCGAGGGGCAUAUCUACAAACAAAAUGUGUCCCUCAAAGACUGUAACUGUCUCCAUGUGGUGGAACCAAUGCCGGUGGAUGGGAAAGACGUUGAGGCUUACUGUCUGCGCUGUGAGUGUAAAUAUGAGGAGAGGAGCUCCGGGACGAUUAAGGUCACCAUCAUAAUGUACCUGUCUAUAUUGGGCCUGCUGCUGCUCUACAUGGUUUAUCUGACUCUCCUGGAGCCCAUGUUGAAAAGGAGGCUGUUUGGACACUCGCAGCUUAUCCAGAGUGAAGACGAUGUUGGGGACCAGCAGCCUUUUGCCAAUGCUCACAAUGUUCUGUCCCGUUCACACUCCCGGCCCAACAUGCUGAACAAAGUGGAGCACGCUCAGCAGCGCUGGAGGAGGCAGGUCCAGGAGCAGAGGAAGUCUGUGUUCGACCGCCAUGUUGUUCUCAGCUAAAAGCCUCUCUCAGUUCUGGGUGUGGGAGGAGCAAGAAAAACAAAACAGAAAACAACAACAACAAAUCCUCACUGUGACAAAGUCCCGAGUUUGUACUGUUUUCUUUCUUUUUAAUUUUUUCAAAUUCGGGUUUCUUUGAAAGAUUUUUUUCUAUGAUAAAAUGAAUCUGUCGAACAGAAGUUACUGGGAGCUCUUAAUUUAUCUGCAGGCAGCAAAAUAAGUGACAGUGAUUUGUUUACUUUUGCACAGAUACUGAAAUGAACUGGAUUGWAAAGCAAAUUACUCUUCAGUUAAUAAACACAAGGUAGUUUUAUCUGUUGAAAACAGUUCGGUACUUAAAGCUGACCUGGUUUUCASAAACAAAUGUCCAGAUGUUAGUACUGUUUGAUCAAAACUGGAUCAGUAUUUAUCACUCCAGAACAAAAACUAUGUAAACUACUGCAGAGGAAGUGUGAAAUAUUUAAGUUUUCCAGCCUUUUUUUUUUGUUUGUUUUGAAAGUGCAUGAUUUUAAUAGCUCUUUUUAUAUCCUUCUGUCCUACCAGGAUGUUUACUGUCUGAUAAAUGGUGUCAUCGUUUAAUACUCUAAUAUUUAGAAGAUGAUUCACUAACUUACUGCAGAAAAUGAAGAUUUUUUGUGAUAACAUAGCCGUGUUACUGAUUUUGACCCUUUGAAGUCCACUUUAACUACCUGACAUAUUUUGUGUGUAAUAAAUAUGUUUUUCUUUAUUUCUGAUUAACUGAAAGUUUUGUAAUCAAUGUCAUUGUUGUUGAACUGACAGCAUCGUUACUCUGAGAAGUUUCUGUUUUCUGUAUAGUUGUGUUCAGGGUGGAAAGGUCAUUCAAAACAGUGGUGGGAGAUCUGUGAAAGUGUUCUUUUGUUUAUGUGGGAACAAUAACUAAAUAAAUUAAUUUAAAAAUG